CCGCCGCGCACCAAGAUGGCGCCGCCUCCCUCGGCCCGAAGGGCGGCCGCGCGACACCCCUCGCCCCGCCCUGAGGCGGGCUCCGCGCGCCUAGGUGCGUCAUCGCCCGCCGCCGGAAGCACCGCGAUGCGGGGUCGCGUGCUGCGCGUCUGGCGCGAGGGGGUGAAGGCGGCGCGCGGGGCGGCGGGGCGGGCGGGGGCGUCGCCGCCAUGGCGGGUCCUCUUCUUCGGCACCGACCGCUUCGCCGUCACCGCCCUGCGAGCUCUGGAGGCGGUCAGGGAGCCCAGCGAGGACUCACUUGUGUCCAGGCUGGAGGUGGUGACCCUGCCCUCCCGCCAGCUUGGGGACCUGCCUGUGAGGAGCUGUGCCCGGGAGCUCCAGCUGCCUGUUCAUGAGUGGCCACACACAGGACCUGUGGGGCAGUUUGAUGUGGGUGUGGUGGCAUCAUUUGGACGUCUCCUAAGUGAGGACCUUAUUCUGCAGUUCCCAUAUGGUGUGCUGAAUGUCCAUCCCAGCCAUCUCCCACGAUGGCGUGGUCCUGCACCAAUAUUCCACACAGUGCUUCAUGGUGAUAAAGUGACUGGGGUGACAAUUAUGGAAAUAAGACCAAAAAGAUUUGAUGUAGGUCCAAUUAUUAAGCAAGAAGAGUUUCCUGUUCCUCCCCACUGCACUGCAAAGGAGCUGGAAGUGAUGUUAUCAAAGAAGGGUGCAAACAUGCUGAUAUCAGUUUUGAAAAACUUGCCUGAAAGUUUAAAAAAUAAAAGAGAGCAACCAAAAGAAGGAGUAACAUUUGCUCCUAAAAUAACUAUAGCUAAGAGUUGUAUAAUAUGGGAAGAGCAAACGGCUGCACAAGUAAUUCAACUGCAUCGUGCAAUAGGAAGUAUGUUUCCUUUGCAGACGCUCUGGAAGGGUACUACUGUUAAACUUCGGGAUUUUGUAGAAGCGGAUAAUAUCCCUGGUUUUGCUGAUCGAAUAUUAGAUGACUCUGGAGCUGUUCCUGGUUCACUACUAUACCAUAAAGUGUCGCAAACGCUGAUAGCUCGUUGCAAGGAAGGCUGGGUUGGAAUCAAAACAGUUAUAUUAAAGAAGCAGCUUACAGCAGUUGACUUCUAUAAUGGAUAUAUGCACUCUUGGUUCCAGCAGAACUCAAGAACAGUUCACCAGGAAUGCAGAUUUCAAACACUCAAACUUAGCACAGCAAAAAAGACUCCGAAAAAGAAGGAAAUAUUGGCACAGGAUAUAAAACAAUAGAUGUAUUUUAAAAUGUGGAAGAAGAUGUUUCUAUGUUAAUAGUAAUAUAAAAUAUUGCAACAUCCACCUAUAACUUUCAACUUAGUUAAGGGGUUUCUUCCCAGAGUGUUUAAUCUUGCUGUCAUCUGCAUGUUUUCGUUGUGGCUUCCUGAUGAUACUCAUUUCUCUUUCCCCCAUCAAGGAAGAGAAUCUCUGUGAAUGCUGAAUAUAGUGAAUAAAUGCUUGUUUCCCCUA